AUGGGGAUUGCAAACUACACAAGGGUGACAGAGUUCAUUAUUUUGGGGUUAACAGAUGAUACCACAGUUUGUGCCAUUUUAUUUAUUGUGUUCUUAGGAAUCUAUUUUGUCACUUUAAUGGCCAAUAUCAGCAUUAUCCUGUUAAUCAGAAGCAGCCCUCAGCUCCAUACCCCAAUGUACCUUUUCCUCUGUCAUUUGUCCUCUGUAGACAUUGGGUACUCCUCAUCGGUCACUCCUAUCAUGCUCAUGGGCUUCCUCAAGAAAAGAAUUUUUAUAUCUGUUGCUGGUUGUAUAGCCCAACUCUGUUCUGGGGUGACAUUUGGGACAGCUGAGUGCUUUCUGCUGGCUGCAAUGGCCUAUGAUCGGUAUGUGGCUAUCUGCUUGCCCCUACUCUACUCCAUCCACAUGUCCCCCAGGGUCUGUGUUCUCUUAGUGGGAGCUUCCUAUCUGGGUGGUUGUGUGAAUGCUUGGACAUUUACUGGCUGUCUAUUAGUUCUGCCAUUCUGUGGACCAAAUGAAGUCAAUCAUUUUUUCUGUGACUAUUCACCACUUUUGAAACUUUCUUGUUCUCAUGAUUUUACUCAUGAAAUAAUUCCAGCAAUCUCUUCUGGCUCCAUCAUUGUGGCUACUGUGUUUGUCAUUGCUCUCUCUUAUGUCUACAUCCUCUUCUCAAUACUGAAGAUGCGCUCUGCAGAGGGGCGGCGAAAGGCCUUCUCCACCUGCACCUCCCACCUCACUGCAGUCACUCUGUUCUAUGGAACCAUUACCUUCAUUUAUGUGAUGCCCAAGUCCAGCUACUCCACAGACCAGAACAAAGUGGUGUCUGUGUUCUACAUGGUGGUGAUCCCCAUGUUGAAUCCUCUCAUUUAUAGUCUAAGGAACAAAGAGGUUAAGCAGGCCAUGAAAAAAUUGAUGGCCAGAACUCAUUGGUGGUCAUGA